AUGUCUUAUGUAUUGGCCAUUUCACAGAGUUUUCUCAAGAAGACAAUUCCAUUAAACCACUCAACCUUAUUUACAGCUCCAUUAAUGGUUGAAACCUUCAAAAUAAAUGGCCCAAAUCUCACAUCAGUUUCAGCUCAGAUGAGAGCCAGACAGCAACCUUCUGUGCCUCCUGAGAUGCCCCAAACGCCUAAUGUUCCAGAAUUUGAUCCAAUCCCACCGGAAAAGCCAGCUGAAAAGCCACCGUUGUCGCCUCCGAGCCCGGGCCCUGGUUUUCCCGGCCUACCAAAUCCCUUACCACCUGGUCAUGACCCAUCAGGACCAGAUAUGCCUGAGCCACCGCCGGAGAUUUCUCCGCCUGGUGGCCCGGUCGUUAUACCUCCGGCUAUCCCGGAAAUUGUUCCUCCGGGUGGGCCGGAUGUUAUACCGCCGGGACCGCCGGAGAUUGUUCCGCCUGGUGGACCGGAUGUUAUACCUCCAAAGCUGCCGGAACCUGGGCCGCCACACCCGUCGCUGCCGGAUAUUCUGCCGCCCAUUAUCACUUUUGGGCCGGUUGCUUUUAGGGCAGGUGAAAGAUUUUGA